AUGUCGAUGCUUAUCCUACCUCAGCAUGACUGUCGUCAUAAGGAUGGUACCACCGUCCCAAUUGUGGAAUUUACCAAAGGUCAUCAACCGGAUGAUCAUCACCAGGUUGGCCAGUUUCCAGCCCAUUUCCAGCCCAUUUCCAGCCCACGUCCUCGCAGUGCGAAUUGCGAGAAGCUCAGGAUGUCUGCGCCGCGCUUGGGCCUCGGCAGUGCUUCGGAGGUGGAGGCCAGCUACACCUUGGAGGGCGGUUAUGGCACUGAAGCCCUGCCCGAUGGCACUGGCGCGUGGUUGGCGCACCGGGCGCAGGCCGAUGUGCCUGGCAGUGGGCCAGGCAACGACUGGGUCUCUGAGGCGUUGAGGCGUUCAGGGAUCCGGAGGACAAGCUGGGCACAAAUCUGGCGGAAGCAGCAGCUUUCAAAGUCCCGGGUGCCAGGUUGA